AUGUCAUUAGAAGACCUGCAGACUCAACUCGCCGAACUUAGAACUGCGAAUGAAGAACUGCGUCAACGGAUUGGACAACCCAGCACUUCUCAAAACAUGUCUGUGAACAGAGUAGCCGUCAAACUUCCGCCCUUUUGGCCUGAAAGACCAAGUCUGUGGUUCUGUCAAGUUGACUCGCAAUUUCUUAUAUCUGGAAUUACCAACGACGACACCAAGUUUCACUACGUGGUCUCGCAAUUGGACACAGGAAUUGCUGCUGAAGUCGAAGACAUCAUAACAAACCCUCCUCAAGGCGACAAAUACGGACAUCUAAAAAAGAAACUGAUUGAACGCCUCUCUGCAUCCGAAGAGCAACGUGUGCGGCGGCUGCUGAGUGAAGAGGACCUUGGAGACCGCAAGCCUUCUCAGUUUUUGAGGCAUCUUAGGUCUCUUGCGGGCUCGACUCCCCUUCAAGACAACAUGCUUCGUCAACUGUGGCUCAGACGACUCCCUCCUCAUUCACAAGCCAUAUUGACUACGCAACUUGAGCUCUCCUUGGACAAACUGGCAGAACUGGCUGAUAAGAUCAUGGAGGUAGCUGACAUUCCUUCAACACCUGGUAUUUGUGAAGUCUCUUCAGGUAACGCUUCUUUAUUAAAUGCAAUAGAAUCCCUCUCUAAACAAGUUCAAGCAUUAUCAGAAACCAGAGUACGAGAUACACAGGUGAGACCUAGGGGUCGUUCCCAGUCUCGUGGUGGAUCAGGAAACGAACCUAAUCCCUCUAAGAACUGGUGCUGGUACCAUAGAAAAUUCAAAAACAAUGCUACCAAAUGUCUUUCUCCGUGCUCUUUUCAGGGAAACCUCAGCAACAAUCCGUAGAGGCCGCAACGGAUUGUUCAAAUGCUGGCGGCCGUCUCUUUGUGAUGGACAGAAAUUCACGAACUAGGUUCCUUAUCGACACCGGGUCUGAUGUGUCGUGUUUUCCUAAACGCCUUAUCAAAUAUAAACGUUUUCCUACUAGCUAUUCACUAAGUGCUGCCAAUAACAGUGAAAUAAAGACUUAUGGUACCAUGCCUCUCACCCUUAAUUUAGGCCUUAGACGUAAUUUCCCUUGGAGUCUAGUGGUAGCGGAUGUUUCAAUACCUAUAUUAGGUUCAGACUUCCUUUCACACUAUCACUUAUUACCCGAUUGCAAAAUGAAAUGUUUGGUUGACAAGAAAACGGGAUUGAAUGCCGAGGGAAUAGUUUCUAACAACAAUCAAACUAGUAUUAAAGUUAUAUCUUUCUCUUCGCCAUUGGCAGAAGUUUUUUCUGAAUUCCCUGAUAUUAUUCGUCCUCCAGGCUUACCUCGU